CCCCGACCUUCCAAUCAUGGGGCCACCACUCUACCUACUGAGCUAUCCCUGCCCUGAUGUGAAACCUGCGCUGCCAGCAUUUAGUCAGAUUACUCUCUUGAAUGCCCGCUCUGUUUCCUACUGAAACAUGGCAGAGGGAUGGCGAAUUUAUUCACCUAAACGAACUGUGCCCUGCUGGCUGCUGCUGCAUGGGCGCCCCCCAUUUAGGUCGCUGUGGUGCGGGACUUACUGUCAUCUAUAAUAAGGAGAGUUACACAUGCAGAGGUAUGCAAGCUGAAAACUAUUCUUCUUUUGAGUCACAAACAAUUAAGGUGGGCUUUACGAACAUCUUUUAUUGUGUUUUAGUCUAUCGCCCUCAUGGCCCUGCUACUGUAUUCUUAAAGGAUUUUACGGACUUCUUAUCUUCUAUUAUCAAGCUCGAGAAAGUUUUGAUUCUUGGGGAUUUUAAUAUUCAUGUUCAACAUUCAUUUACAUUGAUGAUGCUUCAUCUAACUCUGCAGCUGAACUUUUAUCUAUAUCUGAUUCUUUUAACUUUGUCCAACAUGUCUCCAGUCCAACCCAUACAAAAGGCCUUACCUUGGACCUUGUCCUUUCCUUGGGCAUCAACACUGGCAAUGUGUUUGUUGAGGAUGCACAUUUGAGUGAUCGUAAUUGUGUCUUUUUUAACUCAAUUUUAGCUUUAAACAAACACCUAUGGAGUUAAAAACUCAUAGACGCAUAAUAACUGAGACUACUACUGAGAGGUUUUCCGUCAUGUUUAACAGUUCUCUACUUUUUACCGGAAACGAUGUAAAUACUCUUAUUCAGUCCUUUAAUAAGGAAUGCACAUUGAUUUUGGAUCAAGUGGCAUAUAUUAAAACAAGCCCUGCCUUACAAAAGAAGGCAUGCUCUUGGAUAAAUGAGUCUUAAAUUUAAGGAGAAUAUGCAGCAAAACGGAACGACUAUGGAAGAAAACUAAACUUGAAGUACACAGGCUCCAUCUUUGAGAUCUCAGGCUCUCCUUAAAUGAUACGAUGAAAAAUGUUAGAUCAGAAUAUUUUUCUAGACUCAUAUCAAAAAACAAGAGAAAUCCCAAGUUUCUUUUUGACAAAAUCAGUGCUAUUGUAUCCCCGGAUGUGGUACCUUUAAUUGUGCACUCUGAAGCAGACAAUAAUAAACUCCUCUGAUUUUUUUGUUGUUGAUAAGAUCAAAGAAAUCAAUGCUAAAAUCUCCCCAAAGCUUUCUUGUUGUCCAAGUGAGACACUCACUUUGCACUCCUGGUCAACUUUUACACCUGUGACAUUUGAUGAAAUGGCAGGCUGAUAGAUAGAUAAAAUGAAGCCGUCUUCAAGGCCCUCAGAUAUUAUCAAUGCUAAGCUUUUCAUCAAUGCUUUUGACACCAUUGGUCCUUGGGCUGUGAACCUUUUUAAUGUUUCUCUUCAGACUCUGGUGCUCCACAUCAUUUUUAAACAUGCCAUUGUGGAAACAAGGCUAAAAAAACCAAACCUAGAUCCAACACUACUUCAACAUUAUAGACCUCUCCAAACUCCAAACCAUUUAUGGCAAAACUCUUUGAGAAGACAGUUGCUGUCCACCUUACAGCAUACUUGGAAAAACACAACAUCAAUGACCGUUUACAAUCUGAUUUCCUUACGUUGCAUUCCACUGAAACAGCACUACUAAAAGUAACUAAUGAUAUUAUGAUGUCAGCAGACUCCGGAGAAUACACAGUCCUGGUCUUGUUAGACCUUCAGACUUCAGACUUUGAUACAGUUAAUCAUACAAUCCUGAUAAACAGACUCAGAGACCUUGUUAAGAUGUCUGGCUAUGUUCUAUGAUGUGUUUAUGACUGUAUUGUGUUUUCUUACCUUUCUUGUAAAGCACUUUGUGACACAUGUCUGAGAAAUGUGCUAUAUAAAUAAACUUUACUUACUUACUUCUAAAAACUACAGUCCAAUUUCUAAAUUACCUUGUUGUGACAAAGCCAAUAAUUUCUGCACAUGAAAGGACCUACAUCUUUUAAAAGGAACCAACAGGGUUCUGUAGAUUCCACAUCACUGUGACUGCACUAUUCAAAGUCUCAAUUGCCUUUGAUACAGUCCAUCACACUUUGUUGUACAGAAUGGCGCACUGGGUGAAAAUGUCUGGUUUGUAUCUGUUAAAUAUUCCACUGGGUCGGUCUUGGUCCUGUAUUUUUUCAUUUUUGUUCUAAUGAUACAGAUUCUUCUUCCUGGGUCACACGUCACAACAAAUGGCUGAAUAAAUUUAAAUUCACCAGUAUGGAACCAGCUGAUGGCACAAACUGGUUGUAAAAAGAAAAAGAGAAAUACUAGUAUCGCUUGUGAUAGCAGCACAACAUCUUUUAUUAUCUUUUUUUGUAUAUUUAUUUCUUUUGUUAUUCUGUUUCUCUUAGAAAACACUUUCUAAUGCAGAUUUUCACAAGUCUAUAUAAAUAGAGUUACUACUAUUACUAGCUAAUUAGCUAUAUCUGUUACUCUGCUUAAGGAAAAAAAAAACACAUUUAACAUAAGCUACUUCCUGUCAAAUUUUUGCAGUUAAACAAGAUUCACUGCUGUUUUCAAAGGUUCUGGCCAAGACAAACAUACAUUUGAGGUAACAGAGUUCAACAGAGACCAGAACGACUCCUUGCAGACUCAUUUCCACGAGCUCCAGCUAUCAUCAUAUUGCUGCAUAGAGUAUAUUAAUCAUUACUCCAACACCACAGCACACAGGGCUCAGCAUGGAGGAUCUAACUAAUGCCGUUAAAAGUGCACUGAAGAAAAAUGAUGCUGCUGCAGCUGUGAAAUUGAUUAAAGAGUUUUUAAAAGACCAAAAUAAUAUUCCACUAAAGAUCGCCAUCACAGGAAAAUCUGGUGCUGGUAAAUCCACCUUUGUUAAUGCCUUCAGAGAGAUGUCCGAUGAUGACGAGGGAGCUGCUCUUACUGGUGUUACACAAACAACCUUACAGCGUAGAGAGUACCCCCAUCCAAACUAUCCCAAUGUUAUGUUAGGGGAUCUUCCUGGGAUCGGCACCAUGAAGUUUCCAGCUGAUGAGUACCUGGAGCUUGUUGGAUUUGAGAAGUUUGACCUCUUCAUCAUCAUCUCAGACACUUGCUUCAGAGAAAAUGAGGUGAAACUCGCAAAGGAGAUUCAGAAGAUAAAGAAAAAGUUCUACUUUGUUCGCUCAAAGAUUGACAACGAUAUACAAGCUGAGAGAAGAAAGAGAGACUUCAAUGAAGGGAGGACUCUUAAAAAGAUCAGAGAAAAAUGUGUUCAAGAUCUUCGAGAACGAGGCAUCCCAUUUCCACAGGUCUUCCUUGUGUCCAGCUUUGAGCGCAGUCUUUACGACUUCCCUUUCUUACGUGAGAUAUUCGAGAGAGAUCUUCAUGCACACAAGAGAGAUGCUCUGCUGUUUGCCAUGUCUGAUAUCAACCAGAAGAUCAUCAACGAGAAGAAAGAAACUUUUCAGUCUAAAAUAACAUUCUAUGCUACUCUGUCUGGAGCUGUAGCAGGAGUUCCACUCCCUGGGCUUUCUGCUGCUGUUGAUAUAGGCUUGAUCAUUAAGGUUGUCAAAGAAUAUGUAGCUGGGUUUGGUCUUGAUAAGCCAUCUCUGGAGAAACUUGCUUCCAGCUCAGGUGUUCCAUACACUGAUCUGUUUGCUGUUAUCAAGUCACCACUGGCUAAAAGAGAAAUAAAUAAAGAGCUCAUCCUGAAGAUUUUGACCCAGCUAGCAUGCACAGCUGCAUUACUAGCAGCAGAGGAAGGAUUCAGAUGGAUUCCAGUAAUUGGAAUUUUAGCAUCAAUCGGUCUCUCUUUUACAUUUACCAACAAAGCUCUGAAUCAUUUCCUCAACACUCUUGCUGAGGAUGCUGAGACAGUCUUUAAAAGGGCUCUGAAUUUGGAUUAGUAACUAAAUUACAAAGUGAUUUAGUAUCAAAUUUGAAGUGGCAAUGUACAAAAUAAUAAUAAUCUUCCAAGUCAACUGAACAAAUCUUUCUAUAUAAAUAAAUCAGUAAUGCAAACCAUAAUCUAGAUGUUUGAGGAAUAGCUGUCAAUGGCAGGUCUCAUUUCAUUUGAUCACAGCAGCUCACUUCUCGCAGCAACACUCAAACGUUCCUCUUUGUAUCAAUACAGGACCAAAUGGGAUCUAUUCAGAUAUAAACUGUGUACAAUGUGUUUACUACUUAUUUGUGUAAUUAUUAAUAUUAGCACUACAUUGAGAUGGGACUGAUUGUUUUACAAUAUUUUAAUUUAAUAGGUUCCACUAUUAUAAAUUAUAAGAGUACUUGAUGUAUCUACACAUAUGAACUGUAAUAUUUACCAUUACUGUCUGUUAUUAAUAAAAUGUUUUUUGUACAUUUAAAUAAUAUACAUUAGUGUGAGAAAUAGGUGCAGUGAUUUCUGCAAUGUACAAAAAUACAUGGAAACACAGUAUAUGAGGUAAAAACAGAGUUUGUACAUUUUUCACAAGCUUGAAAGUUAAUAUUUGCUAUGAGCACCUUUAUUCUCCAGCACAGUCUGAACUCUGUAAGGGAAGCUUUCUGUAAUUUCUUUAAGCAGUCUUCAGUAAUAAAUCUGGCUUG